AGUGAGGAAAGGGUUCUGAGAGCCUUGGAAGUGAUAUUCGUGAUCACCGCGAAAUUCUCUAUCGAAUGGUGUAUGAAGUGUCGAAAAAUAAAUUUCACUGCAAGGCUGCCCUGGGUGCAUCUUACACUUUAAAAAGAAAUGCUACUUAAUUUGAUCAUAAGUUACAUUUUUUUAGAGUGUACUUUCUAUUUUUACGUGCUGCAGUUGUGCGAUCUCUCUCUUCUUUUUGUAUUACACUUUCUUCUAUUAUGUAGCUAUGAUACUUAUUUACUUUUUAAUAAAACACUUGCUAGUUAACUGUUAACCAACGUGCGGCUAGUAGUCAUUCAACGAUUAGUAAAAUAACAGUAGAAUACUGCAGAUAAAGAUCUGCAUUUAUAUAAAAAGAAUUUUCUAUUGUUCUUUGUUGUGAUUGGCUUUCCCUAUAAAAAGCAUUCCAGUGCGACACUGGUAAAAACUAAUGUGGCACUGACAAUGCACAUAGCUUGCCACAGAUCACUGGCUACCAGCGAUGUGCACCAGUGCCCAGCAAGUGGCGAUUGGUACCCGUGCACACCAGUAUCGAUAUAUCUCUGCCAAAAAAGUGCCGCACUAAAAGUCAGGGGCGCACUGGAAUUUAUCUAACCAGUUUAAUUAGUUUUUUAUUAUGGUUGUUUAAACUGAAUUUUGUAUUAGAGUGCGGCACUGAUCAAAUAAAAUAUUUUUAAUUAUAAAGGUGAUUUGAAGCUUGGAGUUGCAUCAAAAAUCAAGUUGAAGUUAUGCCACCGUAGGCGCAUGACUUAUAACACAUCUCAUGUGUACAACUAACACAUAUGAAUGAAAAAUUCGUUGACUUUUCCCUAACAUAACAUCAAGUAUAUUCAAGUGGUUUUAUAUCUCCACGAUGGUCUGUAGUACAGUAUCAUACGAACUUUCAUUGCUCAGGCGCAUAAAAAAUUGGCAUUAAAUUACGUAUCAACAGCUAGUUAACGAUAAACUGCGUAACCAACAACUAAGUAUCAUUUACAAACUAGCAAAUUUUGACAAAUCUAUUUCAGGUGGCUUACUCUAUAAGUGUCUUUUCCAAACUUCAUCACUUGUUGAUCAUCAUAAAUGAGUAGAUACAUUCGACCUUUUUAGGUCGAAAAAAGAAUAUCAUCAUGUUUUUCGUGUCAGUAUUAACCUAUAUGGGUCAUUUCUACAAAAAAAGAAUGCAAUUUUAUUCGAAUAAGUCAUAUGGCCUUCCUUCUUAAUUCCUUUUUGAUUAUUAUCGGUGCUUGAAAAACAAAAAAAGCACAACACCAAACUGACGUUAAACAAUUUUGUAUUGGACCACGAAAUAACAAUCAACAAUAAUCAUGAAGUUUUUUCAACUAUUGUGUAUAAUAUUGGGAUUCUUAUGCAUCAGCAGUGAAGAUUGUGAUUUUAUUUCGUUUGAUGAUAUUGGCUAUGGUCAAGAACUAAUACCUGAUGGUUAUAGACAAUUAAAUUGGUUUGGUGUACAUUAUUUGAAAAACGAUGAUGAUUAUAUUUACAAUGGUUAUGCAGCAGCAUUGACAAGUGGAAAAUAUAUUGCAUAUAUUGCUCAUAUUGAAGAUGAUCAAUUGCAACUACCUACAAUUAACAGUAUUAACAAUAUAACAACGUUUAAUGCUCGUUCGUUUAUUGCUGCCGCAGCUUGGGCUAAUGAUAUACAAUUGUCAAUAACUGGUUUAAAUAAUAAUCAGAUAUUGUAUGAAAAAACCGUAACAAUUGAACAAUUAGUACCUAGCAUAGUUGAAUUAAAUUGGUCUAAUAUAGAUAUGAUAACAUUCAAUACUUCUGGUGGCAUACCAACUAACGGCUAUAGUUUAACUAGACAAGUUGCAUUUGAUAAUUUAUGUAUUGUCAUAAAUCCUCCAGAAUUCAAAUGCCCAACAACCACAUCAAGUGGAUUGUAUAUAAAUUCACUGGAUUCUGAAACAUUCUGGCAAUGUUCAAAUGGUAUUCCAUAUUUACAACAUUGUCCAAGUGGGUUGGAAUGGUCUCAAGACAAACUAACAUGCGACUGGAAAGUUCCUACUACAACAAUCGUAACUACCACCAUCGUACCCCCAGAUUGUACGCUGAUCACAUUCGAGAAUAUACCAUCAGACGACUAUUCUGUUAGUAGUUGGAUACCCUCUACAUAUCAUGAUUUGAGUUGGACAAAUGUUUAUUAUCUUAAUGUUCCAUACCAAGAAGAACGACACGGUUGGUCUGGAUAUUCAAGUGCUUUAGCAAGUGGAGAAUAUGCAGUAUUUAACAGAGGUGGCGAAUCGAUGACAAUUAGUAAAGCAACAACAUUCAAUAUCAAUUCAUUUGUAGCCGCUGCCGUUUGGGCACAAAAUCUUAAAAUUGAUUUAACUGGAUCAAACAAUGGUUUAGUAGUAUACAACAAAACAAUUGUACUUCAGGUAACAUCAGCGACGUUAGUUGAACUAAAUUGGUCUAAUAUAGAUACGAUUCAUUUUGAACCAUACGAUGGUGAAGCAUAUUCAUAUUUUAUGUAUAAUACACAUUUUGCUAUUGAUGAUCUUUGUAUUAAAUUUCAUUGA